AUGACGAAGAAGAGUUGCUCUGGGAGGGCUGCUUGUGCUUCCCACCAGGACGAGUCCAAGAUCAGGGGAGAAGCAAGCCAAGGAACGAAACAUAGACAGAGCAGCAGUUCAGGCCCAAACGCUCCUCCAAAGAAGAAGACAUGGAAGAAGUACCUGACGUUCCUGUCCAAGUUUCAGAACAAGAUGAAGCACAAGAAACCAGACGCCAGGGCACCCAGCAGCUUCAAGCAGAGUAGCCUGAAGCGGUCCAGCAGCGCAAUGCUGGAAGAGUGCGUCAAUCUGGUCCGGGUGAUCCGGCGCACGGCGGCAGAUUGCUUUGUGUCUGCGGUGGCUCGCGGAGAUGAAGACGACGAGCUGCCUUGUUACAUGCAGCUUGACCAGGUGGGCUACGGGGUGAAAAGGGAGGCCUACGGUCCCAUCUACCUGGUCACAUAG